AUAUGUAUAUAGAUAUAUGAAAAGAUUCGAUGUGAAAGUGCUAAGAAAAAAAAAUUGAAUAAUGUGCCGCACAAAUACAACAAUUAAUUAAAAAAGCAUCAAUUGCAGGAAAUAAAGAAUUGUGAUAAACUGCAAUGCAACAAGACACAACUGGCAUUUGUUACAUAAAAGCCAACCUCGCCCUCGUCGUCAUCAUCAUCAUCAGCAGCAGCAGCAUCAUCAUCACCAGCAGUGGCAGGCAGCCGCAUUGUCAUCAUCUUCAUUAUUAACUGAGGCAUCAGCCACCUCUAAGCAACCUCAACCCUAGCAGCAGCAGCAGCAGCCUCAACAACAACAACAACAACGAAAACAACAAGAUAUAGUUGUAGUAGUAGUAAUAGCAUUCGUAGCAGAGGGGCAGGGGGACCCGCCACCGCCGCUGACGCUGUCGAACUAAGUGUGUGUGUGCAUCAUGAGCGUUUUUGAUGAUUUUCAACGUUUGUGGAUGCAAAGAUUCCCUCAAAGUUCACUCUCCGAUGCCUGGGAACAGGAUGUGCGUGCCAGUUUGGAGCGUCAUAAAUUAAAAAUUACGGAAUUGAGCAAAGAAUUGGAACAGGAGACUCUAUAUGUUGAAUAUUUGGAGCGACUGCUGUCGGAUGUUGAGAAGUAUCGAGAAUCUGGCGGGGAUCCUUCGACACUUUUUGAGGCAGCAGCCACCGCCUCUGCUUCAUCUGCACCAUCCAGCAAUGGUUCAGUGGACAAGGAAAUUAAAUCUAGUUUAAAUCUUCGUGAAGCCUCCGUCUCCACGGGAUCGUCAAAUGCCAGUAAUAAGGACAAGGAUCGUCUCUCCCUUAAUACAGAUAACAAAUACAAUAACAACACACAUACAAAAAAUGCAUCCGCAAGUGGAGGUGGUGGUGGUGGAUUAAAAUCCGCUCCGCCCACAGUUAAACCAUCGACAGAGCUUAGCUUCGAGCACGAUUAUUUAAAGGACAAAGAAAAUGAAAAGGAUGCAGGCGGUAGUGGGGGAGGGGCAGCCAAUGGAGCACUGCAGCAAUGCAUCACGGAACUGGCCUCCAUACAACAAAGCAAUAACGAACAAAAAGGCAAACUAAUUGAAGCUAAAGCAUCGAGCAGCAGCGAAGAGAAGCAGUCACUGCGAAAAUCCACUUCACACUUUGUCACGGUUAUUGAGGUCAAGGAGUCAAAGGAUAAAGAUAAGGACGAGGCCGGCGAGAUGACGACGACCACACAAACGACGUCAUCAUCGUCAACCUUUGGCCGUAGCAAAGCAGCGGCAGAAGCAACUGCUCCACCAUUAUCACCCUCAAUGACGGGCGGAUCAACGACAUCGCCAGCUAUGUCCGCCUCUUCCUAUGCCAAUCAUUUAGAGGCCAAAAAGAAAAUGCCACCAAGGCCACCGCCUAAGGCUAUAAGGCAUGUGGCACCGCCCACUAUACCCAGCCAGCUCUCUUCAUCUCCCAAGCGGGGGGAUCAUCCGACUUACGCUGGUAGCACAAUGCCACUGCCCGGCAAUAGCUCUUCAACAGAGAGUCCUGGCAAUUCGCUGGAACGUAAUAUAAAGCCUUCGGACAUUUUGAGACAAAAAUCAUCGGAGAAUUUGGACUCCAAAUAUGCCUCAAAUCGUAAGACGACACCCGAAUUGGGUAAAUUGGCCAAUGCCAAUCCCGAGCUAAUGGAGGAAUUGGGAAGAAAAAUGGUUAGCAAAACGGAGGAAAAGUCAUCAGCUUCGACAACAGGCGGCAGUUUAGGGCGUACGGCAUCGAACCCUGGCAGAGCCCUGACCCCUGGACGUUCCCCUACUGGCAGUUUGAAUAAGACCAACAAAUUGGCUACCACAGACAGCAGCUCCACCAGCAGCCUAGAGAAGAAAUCACGAAAUAACUUACAGGCCAGCAGUGAGGCGGUAGCUGAGGCAACAGCCACAUCAAACUACAGCAACAAUCAACGUUCCGUUGGAUCUAAAGAAUCCUUAGCCUCCCAAGGUAUAUCGGAAGUGAUCAAAAGCUAUGAGUCGGUUUCUUCGCUUAGCUCAGAUAGUGCCAAACAGCAGCAGCAGCAGCAGGUUGCAGCGGCGGCUCAGCAUCAGCAGUUGCAACAAUCGAUAGACAACGAACCCUACUACGACAGUGUUCCCCUCGAUAAUGGCGAUGGCGAAUAUGUCUUUAUAAAGCCCGGUCGCACGGGCUCAUCGUCAAGCCGCGAUGACCUAUCAACGCCCGGAAGCAGCAGUACAACCACCACUAACACCAACCAACAGCUGCCCUCGAUAAUGGCUGCACAAUUGAGCAGCCAAACGAGUGUAACAGAUCCCGAAUCUCCAGGACGUACAUCCAAUUAUGUGAACAUUGAUUACUUUUUGCAUCAAAGCAAUGAGACACGCUCAAGUUCCCUGGACAGCGAUGGCGAGUAUGAAGGCCCUCCCAUAUUGCGUACGAUAUCGCAUGACGAACAGACAUCAUCGCAGACAACGCCAGGAGCAUUGCGCAAGAACUUAGUUUCAGCGAUACUUGUUUCUGGGAAUGCUCGUGGAGCCAAAAUCCGUUCCAUAUUAAGCUCAAUAAUACACAGUGAAACCAUCUAUGUUGAGUGCCUCAACAAGAUGAUGCAGUAUAAAAAGGCCAUUCAUGCCACUUUGGGCACUUCACAGCCUGUGAUCAAAGAGGAGGAAGAGAAUACAAUUUUCUUUAAAAUCGAUGAGCUUUUUGAGGUGCAUACGGCCUUUCUGUGCGACCUAAAGACUAUAGUAUCUCAUGAGGGUGGCGAUGUCCUAAUUGGGGAUCCGUUUAAACGUCUAGCGGAUAUGUUCGAUCUUUAUUCAGCCUUCUUGCACAAUUAUGGCCAAGCAAUUGAGACGGUUAAGAAAUGUAGUGCCAAUAAUCCACAAUUUAAGAAAAUUGUAUCCACCAUUGUGGUAAAUCUGCAGACCGAACAAUCGCUAACGCUUGAGGAUCUGCUACAUAAACCAGUUGCUAGAGUCCAAAUCAAUGCGUUGGUCUUUAACGAUUUGCUGAGAGAGACACCAGCCAAUCAUCCAGAUCAUCAGCCCCUGCGACAGGCCCAGAAGAUCAUUCAAAUGUUUCUCAAUCAAUUCAAUGUGGUUAGUCAGCGAUUGACCACAGAAUCGAAUAGGAAUCUGAGGCGCAUGGUGCGCAAUUCGUUCAUUGUCGAGCUGGUCGAUGGUCAUCGCAAGUUGAGGCAUUUAUUCCUUUUCAAUGAUGUGAUAGCUUGUGCCAAAUAUAAGGCUUUGGGCAGAGAUCGCAUUGAUUACGAAUUGAAAUGGUUCAUUCCCCUGAAAGAUGUCACUGUUCAAGUGUGUGAAGCUGAGAAUUUGGCGGAUCUGAAGGAAUCUAGUCCAGCGAAUAUUUCGCAAGUGAAACGUAAUUUGAGAUCAGUGCGGGAUCAAUUGAUAUUAGAGGGCGGCAAUGGUGGUGUACGCACUGGUGAUAAAUAUCGCCGCAAAUUGGCCGAUCUUGAGUCACAAUUGGUAUUGGCCACACCCAAUUUGGUGUUACGUCUAUGUAAUAAAUCGAACAAUAAGCCGAUAACCUUUUUCCUUAGCUCAGACUUUGAGCGAACCCAAUGGAUUGACUCAAUCACAUCACUAAAGCAAAAGUGUAAUAUUCCUGGGGCGAAUACCAUUAAUUCCCUGGAGGUUACAGCUUUCAUUGUGGCUAUGCAAAAGGGCAUGAACAUGAAGACUGAAAUGGGCUCCUAUCUAAUGCGAAAUACAAAUGAUGAGAGUCUGCUUGUGGGCGAUUUGCAUAUGGGCGUCCAGGCAUUAACAGGACUGGAGCAGUCGCAACCUGCUGAUCUAUAUAUAUGCAUUGAAGUCGACUCGUAUGGUCAUUAUUUCCGUAAGGCCACAACGAAAAUGAUUUGCCGCAGUGCGAAUCCGGUGUGGAAUGAGAGCUUUAUGCUUGAGCUGGAAGGUAGUCAAAAUAUCAGGAUUUUACUCUAUGAGGCCAAAGAGCGGCCACUGCUGAGAGCUAAACAAAUACUAAAGUUAAGCUUCAGCUGGCUGACAGAAACCACACAGACCCGCUCCAUAAAGCUGAGUGAAACUCUAGAGCUGGGCGUCAGUUUUCGGUUUGUUCCUGGCGAAUUGUGUCGAGCCACCACCAAGCCAGGUGCACUCUUUGGCGCCAAAAUGAGUCAAGUAUUAAAACGCGAAAAACGUGACAUUCCUUUCAUAAUCAGUGCUUGCAUACGUGAAGUAGAACGUCGUGGUAUGCUGGAAGUGGGUUGCUAUCGUGUGAGUGGCUCGGCUUCUGAUCUGGCCAAACUAAAGAAAUCAUUCGAGUCAGAUGCCUAUGAGGCAGAGCAGCUGUUACGUGAAGUUGAUAUACAUUCUGUCACUGGCAUUUUAAAGACUUUCCUAAGAGAACUGCCUGAGGCUUUGUUUACCGAUCAGUUAUAUCCACGGUUUUUCGAAACAUUUAGCGCCUUCAGUAAUAACAACGAAGCCAUUAGGAUAAAUGAGCUGCUUAAAGUAUUCGAAGAGUUGCCGCAGGCAAAUAAAGCUUCCAUUAAUUUGAUAUUAGAUCAUUUAAUAAGGGUUCACGAAAAGGAAUCAGAUAAUAAAAUGUCAUUGCAUAAUUUGGCUAUGGUGUUUGGUCCAACACUAUUGAGACCUGGUCAGACACAAGUAAAGCAAAAGGAUCCACUGGCAGCUAGCACUGUGGAUGUCAUGGCACAGGCGGGCAUUCUCUAUUGUUUCCUUCAAGCUCGCAUCAAAAAGGAAUAAACGAUAUUUUAUUUAGAGUAACAGAGACACGCUGCCAAUCACAUUGUAUAUACCAGGAGACAAAAAACAAAACUACGACGAGGACGAAGAACAAAAAGAAAACGAAAAUGUGAAAGCCUGGCAAAACAGAAUAGAAUGGACAUGGUACACAUAUAUGUAGGUAUAAGAAGAGAGAGAGAGAGAGAGAGGAAGGAUUUUAAAUCGAUAUAAACAAACUGCUCAAUAUCGGGGAUUCAUUUUGGCAAUCAGUUCAGUUAUAGUGUGUAACACUUGACUGAUAGUUGAACCUGGUGCGUCUCCUCUUCUUCCUUUUUGGUGUCUUGCUCGAUGAUAAAUGAUGACUCAUCAAAACAUAUGUAUACCUAUAACAUAUAUUUAUAUACCUAUAUUUAUAUAUACAUACACACACCCACACACACAUAUAUAUAGUAUAUAUCUAUACUUAAUCUGUCUUUAAAGAGCUUCACGCACAUGUCCCCCUGCUUGUAAACGAACGAUUUUGUUUUUGCAAAUAUUUUCACUAAAACAAAGUACAUA